AUGAAUCAAUAGUCAAGAUUGGCUGGUGACUUUAUCAAUCAAAGAACUAAUUUGCUGGCUUAAAAACUCAGAGAAACAGGUGAAGAUUCUAGGUAUUCAAAAUUUAAUAGUUUAGAUUGGAAGAAUAUUUGAGAUAAAAACUAAUUGAAUGUAGAUGGAGAGAUGAUCUAAAGGAUUACUGUAAAGAAGUCAUAAGAUAAAAAGGACUUGAGAAAAUAACGAUUGAAGAAUUGACAGACAUGUUAUAUAUUAGAGGUUAAGCCACAAUUCCAAAUAAAGUAAAGGAGGACCUAUUAUCAAGACUUAGAUAAUUCUUUGAUGAGAAUCAAAUAUGAAUUGUUAACUGG